AUGAAUGAUGUGUGCACAAUAACACGUUACUAUGGUAAUCAUGACGAAGAUCUCGACAAACUUUGGCGUUUUAUUGAUCAAGCACAAAUUUACUCGAGUCGACUUCUUAUCGGUGUAAAUAUUGAAAAAGAUCAGACAGAUUGUAUUAAAAAAUAUUCUCAACAAUCAAAUAUUCCUAUUGAUUUUAUACCAAUUCAGCCGUGGAUUGGUAUCUCAACACCAUUAAACAUCCUUCUCAAUCACAUACCAAUCGAUCACCAAUAUGUACUCAUUCAAUCCGCUGAAAUUCAGUGUACAUCACGACACAUCGCUUGCUUACGAUCUCAUAUGACAGAUAAUGACGAUAUUCUCUGCGUUGGUGCUGCAUUGGAUGGUCAUCAGACAUCUGAUGAGAAAUAUCUCUCUCUUCGUGGUGAUACAAGUCCGUGGAAUACAUUAGCAAUCUGGAACUUGAAGAAACUACGUCGGACGGGUUUUCCCUUAUGUGCUGAUCUUGUUAAUCCAUCAGGCAUGGAAGAUGCUAUUACCAUCGCUCUGCAACAGAAGUUGUUCGGUGGAAUGGCAAAAAAUCGUGCUCUACUCAUACGUUUCGAUGAGAAUGUACCUUGGUCUACUCAGUUCAAUUAUGAUGAGAAUCGUCGGUUAAAACAUCAAAGAACCAAGUUGGCGUGGAAUGUCUCAAUGAUAAGUGCUAACAACAUUUUCGAUCGAAUACCUGUUAUGAAUACAAUUAAAUGA